AUCGCUUUGUUUCCGCACGUACCUUUGACGCGACGGACCGCGAUGGCGGCUCACAGAAACGUGAAUGUCAGAUUGUUUCUUAUAAGUCAUAUUUCUCUUGACGGUAAAAAUAGAUUUUGCUUCUAAUUUUCAACAAAUUGCAAAUAUGUAAUUUGACUCUUCAUAACAGUGUCACAAUUUCCUCGGUGUUAUUUCGUGUAAGUUGGUGAUGUUUAGCUGUUUUUGCAUGCAUGCACGUUAUUUGUCCGCUGUCAUAGUAUAGAAUUGAGUUAGUAACUUUUUCAGAAGACAUUUGAAUGCUUUGAGCUCAGAGGCUAUGGCCCUGUCAGGGACGGUGCUGAAAACCUCCAGCAUCUUCCGGAGGCGUCUCUUUCAGCCGCACAUCACUGGUCCUGUCUCUCUUCACGUCAGGACCGUGUAUGAGCGGGACUACCGUAGACCAGGCCAGGCUCCGGACACACGAUGGCCCUGGCAGAAGAUCCGCUUCGACUUCUCAAAAGGUGUGGACGGGGUAAAGAAGCACUUCGGGCUUCUGAAGGCCGAGUUCAUGGAGCGCUGGACGGGGCCCGAGGGCCGGCCCCUGGUAGUGCACAUGCUGGAGCAGACGCGCGUGCUGUGGGAGUUCCGUGGCCCCGAGUCGCUCAAUCAAUGGGUGGUCACCUCGGACCGGGAGAUCGGUGGCCGGAGUGAGGCGUACGUGAAGCUGGGGAGGAAUAACUCUACCUGCAUGCUGUACGGCUCUCUGUGUUCAGCUCCACCCCGGGACGGAGAGACGCGCUACAGCGGAUACUGCACCAUGCGCUCCAAACAGCCUCGGGCUUCAUUCGACCGGAAGAAGCACUUCGAUUGGUCCAGCUUCAACACUCUGUAUUUGCGUAUCCGUGGAGACGGCAGGCCGUGGAUGGUGAACGUCUCAGCCGAGACCUACUUCUCUCACCAGAGAGACGACAUGUACAGCUACUUCCUGUACACUCGAGGGGGUCCGUACUGGCAGGACGUUAAGAUCCCCUUUUCUAAAUUCUUCCUCUCGAGCCGAGGGAGAGUACAAGACGACCAGCACCCCCUCUGGCUGGACAAGGUGAACACUAUCGGCUUCACGCUGGGAGAUAAAGCGGACGGACCGUUUCAGUUAGAGAUCGACUUCAUCGCUGUGUGUAACGACCGCGCUCACACCGAGGAGUUUGCGUACGAACUGUACAAGAGGAACCCGGAGGUGUAACACACACUGCUUGACUGUGACCCUGAACUUAAUGGAAAACUGUCGGGGGUGCAAUUUCAUGAACUUUUGAUGCAACACACACACACACACACACACACACACACACACAAUCAAGGACACGGAAAUACAAAAACACGUGUUUAAUAGCAAAUAAAAGCAGAGCUUGAACAUC